AAAUGCACUCCGAAGCUUUUCAUUGUGUCAUGACUCUUUUGACUUAAAACUGAGAAUUAACUCGCCAUACCAUCGUUACUGACUUCAUGAAUACUCACGCCCAUACACCUCUUUACCACCCACAAAAACAAUUGCAAGCCACCACUAUUGAGCCACCCAUCCAUUGAGGGCGCUGUUCGCGAAAUCACCUACUGGCUGGCUAUUCGCAGAAAAAAACAUAAAAAACAACUUGUUAAAAUGAGCAACAAGACGGACGCAAACACGAGCGAAACCAGCGCGCCCGCUGCUGCUGCUUCAAAUCAGCGCCAACAGCUGGAGACAUAUCGGGUCUAUGUUGUAACCUGGAAUGUGGGCAGUCGUUUCCCGGAUAACAUCUCACUGCGUCAGUUGCUCGGCAUUCAUGAUGCUGGAGCAAAUGUGGACGCUUCGCACUUGCCAGACAUAUAUGCACUAGGAUUGCAGGAGGUGAAUGCACAGCCACAGCAACAGAUGCUCGGCCUCUUCAAGGAGGAUCCCUGGACGCAUAAGGCGAAGAAACUAUUGCGGCAAUACAACUAUGUGGCCUUCAAGACGGAGCAAAUGCAGGGCCUGCUGCUGACAAUGUUUGUCCGUCGCCAGCAUGUGGAGCAUUUACAUGACAUUGAGGCCGAAUUUACGCGCACUGGCUUCGGCGGCAUUUGGGGCAACAAGGGAGCUGUGAGUGUACGCUUUACGCUAUAUGGAUGUGGAUUAGCCUUUGUGGUCGCUCAUCUGGCUGCCCAUGACCAUCAGCUGGAUGAGAGAAUUGAGGAUUACAAGCAGAUAUUGGAGCAUCAUCAUUAUCAUGUGAAGCGUUAUCGAGAAAUCUAUGAUCAUGAUUAUGUUUUUUGGUUUGGCGAUCUCAAUUUCCGGCUUGAGGGAAAUGAUUCCUCAUCAGAGGUGAGGGAGGCAUUGCGGGAUGAUAAACAGCACGAGGACUUGAUUCAUCGGGAUCAACUCUAUCAGGUGCGCGAAAAGAGUCAACAGGCAUUCCAGGUCAUGCACGAACGUCUUCCCGCGUUUCCGCCCACAUUCAAAUUUAAGGAAGGGACCUCCGAGUACGAUUUGAAGCGUCGGCCGGCCUGGACGGAUCGCAUAAUGUAUGCCGUUCAGCCAUCGAAUCGGCAGCCAGAAAUGCAGCUGGCCAUCGAGCAGUGUUCAUACAAAUCCCAUCCGGCAUACAAUAUUAGUGAUCAUAAGCCAGUGACAAGCGACUUUACCAUUAAACUGUAUCCCAAUUGCCGAGUACCAGGUGUUACCUUCUCUUCAAUAUCGGUGUGGCGCAUUGGCGACGAGAACACCGUCGAGUAUCGCAAGCAGGCCGAAUUUGAAGAAGGUGCUAACGAUUGGAUUGGAAUUUUUCCGGUGGACUAUGCCAGCUUGGCAGACUAUUCGGCCUAUGAAUACGUCAAUCAGGCCGAGUCCCCCACUUCGUCAGAUUCGAAUAAUGAACAUGAAUACUUUGAUAACCCAAGGCCGCAUCGUCGCGGUCACCAUCAUCAUAGAAAUCGUCAGCGCUUGCGUCGCCAAGUGGAGGCCAAUCAGCAGGAGCAAGUGCGCAUUGAUUUUGCUGAUGAUGUCGAUCUGCGCCAUGGCGAACAAUAUUUACUUAUCUAUUUCCGGAGUACGGGCAUACGAGGUGUGACAAGUCUGGCCGGGAUUAGCAAUGUAUUCGUUGCAGAAAAGCGACAAGGAUCGCCGCAUCGCACCGAAUACCAUGUUGACUAGCUAUCCGAGGCCCUGGACAUCUUUAUUCUUUAGUAAAUGCUUUCAUUUCUCUUGCAAUUCUUUGUUUUUACCUUACCUUAUCUAUCCCAUAGCUUUAUCUUUAUUAUUAUUGUUAUUGUGUGUGCCUUUUGUUAAGUUUGCUCUCGUUCCACAAUACCAAGUGUAUAACCAAAUCUAUACAUACAAAAAUACCGUA